AUGAGUACCCAUCCAGAAUCGUCUGAUAGGCCCGCCACCACAUCACCGACUGACUUGGCAAGUAUGGGAGCUCAAUUGAGCGAAGUUCUAAACCGAUUUAAUGAGCUGAGCGUUGAAAUGAUGGCCCAACGGCGAGUAAUCGAUCAAUUGGUAGCUAGUGGUGCUAGCGAUGAACAACAUGAGCCCUUACCUCCUGGCCAAUCUGGACCUCAACCCAUAUUUUUACCUUAUACUCAAACCUUUGUUACUUCACAAGUCAUAAACCCCCCUGAGGAAGCCUUUACUUAUUCCACUCAUGGCCCGCAACCUGCUUAUGUACCUCACAUCCAAACAAACCCUCCUCAUGUCCAAAUUCCCCAAAAUUAUCCGCCAAUUACUAUGAGCAUGCCAUUCGAAUCACAGGGACCUCAUUAUUAUCCCACCGCUGAGCCAUUCAUCCUCAAUACCGCCGCUCAAGGAAAAGUUGAAGUUGGGGAGUCAUCUGUACCGAUGGACAAGAACUUGCUAAAGAGAUUAGAUCGAUUUGAGGAGUUUAUAAGGAAAAGUCAAGGUGUGAGCAAGCAAGGAGGUCUAGACUACAGCGAGCUGUGCCUAUUUCCGGAUAUGCAAUUGCCCAUGGGUUUCAAAACACCCAAGUUUAGCAAGUACGAUGGAAAUGGCAAUCCCAAAACACACCUUCGGAUGUUUGCAAACAAGCUAGGGAAGCCGAUAGAUGAUGAGAAUCUACCUGUGCGCCUAUUUCCCGAGAGUCUAGAAGGUGACGCGUUGGAUUGGUACUCCAAUUUGAAGCCUGAGGAUAUGAAAUCUUGGAUGGAUUUGUCAACCGCUUUUAUGAGGCAGUAUGAAUACAAUUGCGAGCUUGCUCCAACGAGGUCCACACUUGAGGGAACCAAAAGGAAGCCAUCGGAGGACCACAAGACGUAUGCAAAAAGAUGGAGAAAAUUGGCUGCCAAAAUAGAGCCUCCCAUGACUGAAAAUGAGAUUAUUCGCACGUUCAUCAAAGCUCAUGACCCGCCCUAUUUUGAGGAAAUUUUUCGAAUGACUGGGUGUUCCUUUGCAGAGAUUGUCAAUAAAUUGGAAGAAUAUGACGAGUUUAUAAAAGCAGGGAAAAUUGUUAAUGUUUUAGCUUUGAAGUCACAAGUGGAAGCAAUGCAAAGUCAAGAUAGCAAUAACAAGAAAUCCCAGUUCAAAAAGAGAGAAGAGGAAGCUUCGUUUGUCUCGAGUCGAGGCCCUGCUUUCCGACCUAGAUUCCAGCAAUCUCCCACCUAUUCACCUCAUUAUCCACACCGACCAUACCUUCAACCUGCUUAUCAUACCACUAUUAACCAUCCUCGACCUCGGCCAAAUUACCCAAAUAUACCCACUACACCAUAUCAUACUUUUCCACCUAACUUUCAAACCAGACCUCGCCCUCCUUAUCAUCCAAAAUCCACUUUACCCGUCAACCCGAACUACAACUAUCAUCAAGCCACUGGCACCCAAGACCCGGCCCGAUAUAGAACUUUUACCAAUCUAGGUCGGCCCCUUGAUCAACUAUAUGAGCAGCUCGAGGCCGCGGGGAAAAUUGGUGCAAUACCUCCCAAAGUUUAUACUAAAGGAGUUCCCCCCAGUUAUGAUCCCCAAUUUUUUUGUGCCUAUCAUUCUGGAGCUCCUGGACAUUCUACUGCCAAUUGUUGGGUUCUUAAACAUAAAAUCCAAGACAUGAUUGAGGCCGGAGACAUAAUUUUGAGAGGGAGAGGAGAACAAGGCCCAAGUGUUAGCAAAAACCCUUUUCCUGCGUACAAAGAUACUGCAGAGACUAUUAUCACUGAUGAAGAGUUUUGA